AUGUCUGCUUUUUCAGAAGAAAAAUUUACACCCUUAAGAGAUAUGUCUACCAGGAAAAGCAGUUCUCCUGAGUUUGAAAUGCGAUUGCUUCAUCGCCUCGAAGGACACGGCGGAGCAGUCAGGUAUUGUACAGUUGAUCCAGGAGGGAAAAUUCUUGCGACAUGUUCAACCGACGGAAAAAUCAAUCUUUGGUCGAUAGCGACAGGAGAAAAUAUAAGAACUCUGAAAGACGGGCAUUCUGCUGAAGUGACAUCUUGUUCCUUCUGUUCGUUUGGAUCGAUUUUAGCAUCAUCUUCCCGCGAUAAGAAAGUCAUUUUGUGGAACUACCAGACUGGAAAACGAGCUUCUCGUUUAGGUAGGUUUAUGACCUUGUAUAUUGAAUUUUUGUUAAUGAGGUAAAAUGAAAAAAGAUGGGAAAAUUAUGGCAUUUUCUUCAAACAUAACUUAGUCUGAAUCCAGACAUAAAGAAAGAUAAGGAUUAUCAUGGUUAAUAGUUUUCACACGCUGUCGGUCAGCUUUAUUUUUUGGUCAACUUUUUUCCCGGUAAAUACAGAAUCAAGGCUGUAGCGCUAAAAACAAGCCUCGAUUUUUGAAUUAUAAGAAAUCAUGUUGAGUUUACUAUUCAGGCUAAUAUAUUAUGUUGUUCUGUACUUAUUGAACAAUGUUCUAGUAAAAAUACUAGAAUUUCUGCUCUUUGGAGGCUAACACAUAGUCAUAAACACAACUUUGUUGGAAGAAAAAAAUCCGCCAACGCUUAAUUUUACGAUACAUUCGAGAUCGAUAGUUUCCCUUUAUAGCUUUAUUGUUGAGUACAUUUUUAUUCAUCAACUUUCCUAUGUAGUCCGAGCUGUAUUUUUAAAGUUUCGAAUUCCCGAUGUGAAUUAAGUUUUUUUUCAAAUUGCAAUUGUGCUUUUUCGAAUGUUCAUUUUUCUAUAUACGAGGGUAUUACAAAGAAUUUACCUGGUGCAUCGCGCGACAGAAUUUCAUUUGCCUGAAGUAAUACAAAUAUUGAAUGAUUCCUUUGUUACUUAUAUUUAAGAAGAAAGCAUUUGUCAAACACGAUGCACCUGUUUCGUUAUAAAUAUUAAUGUCCUGAAGGCAAACCUGGAUGCGUUACAAAUUUGCAUUUCUUUUCUGUCAACUCAUGAAAAGAUUUACUUUCUUUUGUGGUUAAAACUGUUGCAAGACCUUUAUGCCUAAAGAUCCUUCAAAAACGUUGAAUACUUUACUCGAUCGAUCGCUUAUUUGUAAACACAAUCAUUUGUCAUCACGCCGUUAUCAGUUUUUUUUUUCAAGAAGAAUAAAAUGAAUAAAACCCUUUCCGCCACUUUGAGUUAAUAGAAAUUCACUCCGAGAUUUAGCUACUGAGAUUUAGAUUAUAAAUUACAAUCAUACAAAAAAAUAUAUUUGAUUUGAUUGAAAUGAAAUAUGAAAUAGCGGAAAGGGAUAUGACAAUAUCAUUUCGAGGUUUUUUUUAUUUGGGGUUCAUGUCCGGCCCUUGGUAAAAAAAGUAAAAAAAGAAAAUCCAGGCUCACGAAGGUAAUUCAUUAGCGUUAACUCAGAUUACAUAUGACGCAAUCAUUAAGCCCAUUUACAACAGCAAGUUUUUCUUUUAAAGGGUCGUUGUUAAGGUGACCUAAAAGCUUAUAACACUGACACAGUCACAGUAAUAUGAUAAUUACCAGACUCUUAAUUCUUGGGUUGGUUAUUCCCAACAAUUAAGAUUCGUAAACGCUGAAAUGAUCUAUUUUGCAGUACGUUUCUUCUUAGUUACAAAAGAAACCAAUUUUGAUAGGCGCUUGAAAACAUGUCUCUUUUUUUUAAAGUCAGUUUGGAAACUUUUUACGUAAAGAGUGAACCUACUCCCCUACCACUAUCGAUUGUAGGGAAACCCGGCGCCCAACGCGAGUCAAAAAUUGAUUUAGGGUGCAUUUCUACGUGUGUAAAUAAAAUAGAGGCAAUGUAUGAAAGGCUUCGUGUAAACGUAAAAGUUGAGCGAGGUUUAACUUCUACUUUUACGAUAUUUUAUUACGCGUGUUAAAUUUAUCUGCGUGCGCACGGGAAAAUUACGGACUGUGGUUUUUAUUGAUUGACAAAAAUGUCAUCUUUUAUUAGUUGUCAGGCCCUCUUCUCAUGCCGAAGGUUUCCGAGAUUUUCCCUUUAUUAUCGCUGUUUCCAUCCCAGUUUGUCGCCGCGUUAGCUCUAUGUAUUUUGGCAACUCGCGAUCGCUCGCACAAAAACAACGGGUUGAAACCAACGGCGAUUUACAGCGAUGAAUAUAAAUAAAAUGCGUUGUGGUGGAGAAGAAUGUAUUAAUCCUUUCUUCUUCAAUACUCCCUGAAUGCUUCGCCUCUUCCUCUAACUCUUCUACUAAAUUCUCUGCACGUACAAUGAACCAUCUUCGAUCGUCCUGAAUACGUUCUCUUAAGCUUCCUUUUCUUUUGUCACAUAAUUUGAUUUUCAGAGCUCCAUUCCGAUGCCGUCCUUUUCUGCGCUUUCUCCAAAGAUGGGAAAUUUCUCGCGUCUGCCUCACGUGAUAAAACCGCUCGUCUUUACAAGAUACGCUCGGAGGUGGGAGAAUUUGUCCCUGGAGCGGACGUUAGGCAGCUCUCCGGCCAUACCGCUGCGGUGAAUGUGGUUAAGUUUUCAUUGGACGGUGCCAUAGCUUUGACAGGCUCAGACGACAGAACGAUUCGUGCUUGGAGAAAGGAAAACGAUUGGGCUUGCGUUUGUACAUUGACCGACUUUUACGGACCCGUAAAAAGAAUUAUAUUUUCGCCGGUGAAGGACCCUGUGUUUGUAACUCUGGCUGGCUACAGAGCUACCCUUUGGACCAUGCAUGGCAAUAACUUUACGCCCAACUGCAGCGUUGAUGUGAGAGGCAGUGACAAACAAAUUAAGGUUAGGAUAAUCACUUUAGUGCGAAUGGACACCCUUUUUUCCUAGACACAUAUAUCUGGCCGGAUUUUUUAACAAGUUACCACCAAAUAGACCUCUUUUAAUUUCCGUCAAACAGUUUUAUCGGCCAAAAAUCAUCUCUGAGGUAGCCAUUAUAAAACCGAAGAGUAAACCCUUGCUCUUUUCUCUUCUCCUCCUUUCUUCCUCCUCGCUAUUUCUACGGUAAAAAGAGCAACAAAAACAUGCAACUUGUUUUGCAACAUUGCCGCACAACGAGUUGAAAAGCAAUGUAGCGCGUUUUACUUCACACGUUCAAACCUGUCUUGCAACAAACAAGGUUGCUGUUGCAAGCUGACUCCUGAUUGAAUAAAAUUACGCGGGAAUGACGCCAUACACUGGAUUUACGUCACUUGCUGCAAAAUACGUUUUCCUUGGGCCGGUAAACCUCGCAACAUGAUUACAAAUUACAGAUUUUCUUGCAAAAAGUAUCAUUUCUCUCUACUUUCUGCGACAACUUUUCGCAAACUGUACAACCUGAUUUGUUGGAAGACAGUUUGUUUCGUGGGUGGUAAAACGCGGAACAUCACUCUUCAACUCAGUUUGCAACAAGUUGCCCGUUUUUGAUGUCCGUUUUAUCGUACCUUUAUCUCCUGGUUUCUAUAUUCAUCAUCACUAGAAGAGAACUUUUAUGUUCUCUCGUCAUGAUAGAGAGGGCAGUAGAGGCUCGACUAUAUUUUGUCUUUUAACCUUUUUCAAAAUAUCAUCUGGAAAUUUUGUCGAAUGUUGUCUUUGGCCACUUCUGGGAGUAAAAGGGUUAACAUAUACAGUUAAGCUCCAUUACUUUAGGAUUUCAUCCAGAACUUUGAAGAUUUGAUGGAUACAUCUAAAACAGAGUAAUACUGAUGGAAUUGUUCGCGCAGUAACUUUCAUUUCUAUAUGAAACUUGAGGAUUUCUCCCAAACACUCCAAAGUCACAAACAUGUUUUAACACGUUUUGAGAGAGAAUUUUGAAGAACAAUACCUUGUGUAUAACUGGAGGAUUUUUUUCCUCACUUAGGAUAUUACUUUCAUCCCGGAUGGGAGGUACGUUGUAGGAGUGGCUGUGGACGGAACUGUCAACAUAUGGGACUCUGCUGUGGAAGAAAAAGGAGCUUGUACAACCUGGAAAUGUUUAUCACACAAUCUAAGUCAAGCGGGAAUGAAGGAAGGUGGCCGGUGAGUGUGAAGUCUGAUGCACUUUGCUCGAGAUUUUUUGUUUAAAACUUUUAACUCUUUGCAGUGAGGGUUUUAGUCUCCCACGCAAAAGUUCUUUUGGCUCGUCACCCAAUCCUCCCCAACGAAAAUAAAAAGUAGAUUUGGGGAAGGAAAGCGUGAUGAAGCCCUAAGAAGAUCAGUUACAACAUUUUAGCACAUAAUGAUUAGUAUAAAUUCGUGCUCACCAGCUGGACUAAGUAAUAACCAACGUACACCAAGUAAUAACCAACGUCUCCACGCACGGGAGGCUAUGGGACCUUCACGUACGUACCGCAAAUCCUCUAUUAAGUCCCGGGGGCUUAUUUAUUUCAAACACAUUUAACGGGGCGGGGGGGUAGUUAAUAGAGACGGGAGGCUUAUUUGAGAGGGGGGCUUAUUUAAUUUAGCAAAGACGAUGGUAGUUCACCAUAAAGAACUAAGGAUGCAAAGUGGAAAAGCUCAAGUCACAAGCAAAUCAAAACUUCCAGCUGGUGAAUAAACCAUUUUCAGUCCACACGAAGUUUUACAGUCGUGAUUGAUGAAUACAAUCUAUCAUAUUAGUGACUAAUAAUAAUUCGCAUGGUGAGGAGCUAAAAAAUCAAACGCCGUUGAAGUUUCUCCACCGAUCAGAUCGGAAACCAAAACCACAUCAUUUUCCCGCGCUUGGUACCCGAAACAUAGACUCGCGUCGAGAUCUGAUUGGUUUAUUCGCCACUUCAGAAACGAGAAAGAAACUGGAGGCGAAGUAUGCCCCGCACUUAAUUCUGGGAUCGUUGCUGGAGACGUGUCGGUCGGCUAUUGGCCAAUAUGUUCCCUUUCCCUAGCAACAGUCCCAGAAGUCUUUGCGAAAGUUUACUCGAGCUAA